AUGUCCAGAAUCCUGUGGAGAACACGAACAGGGGCUUCCUCUGGCGACGUUCUCCAAGUACUAGUCCGGCUGGGAGGCAGGAGCAGACAAUCGGGCUGCAUCCAUGGAUACAGGCACAUGUCUUCUUCGAGCAUCCGGCGAGACCAGUUCAAUGGGAUCCACAGUGCCGAAGCAGAGCAGCAUGGAAACCUCAGAAUUGAAAGGCAUGACCAAAAGUCCACCGCCCAGUUCGCCCUAACAAAAAUGGACGCCUUCGUCAACUGGGUCCGCCAAGGCUCCAUGCACCCACUGACCUUCGGCCUCGCCUGCUGCGCCGUCGAGAUGAUGCACCUCUCCACUCCCCGCUACGACCAGGACCGCAUGGGCAUCAUCUUUCGUGCCUCGCCGCGGCAAGCCGAUCUCAUCAUUGUCGCGGGCACCCUCACGAACAAGAUGGCGCCGGCGUUGCGGCAGGUUUAUGAUCAGAUGCCCGAGCCACGGUGGGUGAUCAGUAUGGGGUCUUGCGCGAAUGGGGGUGGGUAUUAUCAUUAUAGGUGA